AGGAGGACGAACUUUUAAGUAAAUUUAUUAAAGAAUCAGAAAUAAAUGGGUAUUUUGAUCAAGACCGAUUUAUGAAUUGGUACACUACUAAUUUAUUGUUUCAACAUUUAUUUGAUAUGUUUGUGAGUCGAUUGUUUUUUUACCAGGAAAUUCCAUAUCAUUCAGAGGAUGAAAUGCAGAAAUUACGUUUUUAUAAUCAAAUCUCACCAGAAAUUUAUUCACCAUAUAAAUUACCAGAAUUUUCAAAAUUAUUAUCACCAACAGAUUAUUAUAUUUUAAAUAAUAAUUUACCAAAUGAUUGUAGAAUAACGAAACAUGAACUGUUAUACUCAUCUACUCGUGAUGGUGGAAGUUGGAAUACAUUUAUUAAAUCAUUGCUUUAUCAAGGUUCUACGUAUAUUAUAGUGAAGGACAAAGAUGGUUAUAUAUUUGGAGGUUUUGCUUAUGAAGAUUGGGAACAAAAACCCAAGUUUUACGGUGAUAAAAACAACUUUUUAUUUUCCAUUAAACCCAAAUUAAGAUGUUAUCCUACUACAGGUUACAAUAAUAACUUUCAAUAUUUACAAUGGGGAGCAAAAACUUUAUCAAAUGGUUUGUGUGGCCUAUGGAUUGAUUCUGAUUUUAUUCACGGACAUUCAAAAGCUGCACCACUUUCAUCAACAUAUAGUAGUCCACGAUUAUCUAAACAAGAAGAUUUUUUAAUAGAUGAAGUUGAAGUGUGGUUAGUAAAGCCAACAGAAAUUGAAUAUGAUGAAAUUCAAAAAGGUCCAAAACGUUCAGCGUUAGAUACUAAUCCUGCAGAAUUGGAACUUUUGGAAAUGGCUACAGGUCGUAAAAUAUAUUCAAAAGAUGUUAGGGAGCCAGAUAAUUUAUACGAUGAAGAUGAAGAAUAA